UAGAAGUUGGAUGUACGAUAGAUACGAUCCAAUUUCAAAAAAUGUUUCUGCAAAUUUCAUGAAUGGUGUUGAAAGUUUUGUUGAAUUCGCUCGUCUUCAACAUGAAUUUAGUGGCGGAGAAGAAAUUCGAUGUCCAUGUCGGAAGUGUGGUAAUCGACGAUUUCAUGCUAUUGAGGAAGUAAGGCUUCAUCUUUUUAGACAUGGAUUUAUUGCCGGUUAUGAAACGUGGACUUCUCAUGGAGAAUUGUUACAAGGUUCGACAUUUUUGAAUUCUCAAACCCCAAAUGAACAUACUACCGAAAAUGUUCAUGGAGCAUAUUCAGGGAGUCAAGAUGAGACACCAUGGGGUCAAAGAAUGUUAGAAGACAUUUUCGGAGGACACGUGCCGAUAAACUCCACAAACUACGAUCCUAAUUGUGGAGAACAAAGAGGAGAUGAAUCACCAAAUGAAGAUGACAUAUCAUACUUGGCGGAUCAUUUUCAAAAUGUUUUGCAAGCUGCAGAUCAGCCUUUGUAUGAAGGUUGUAAUGAAGGCUCCCAAUUGCAAUUUGUUUCUGAAGUAAUGAGUAUCAAAUCCGAUUUUAAUGUUCCACAAGAUGAAGUCAAUCAGUGGCUGGAAUUAUUUGGUCGAUACUUACCCCGUGACAACAUUGUUCCUAGAAAUUAUUACGAGACAAAAAAACUUGUGGCUGAAUUAGGUCUUCCUGUGGUGAAGAUUGACGCGUGUCCUAACGGGUGUAUGUUGUUCUGGAAAAAUGAUAAAAAGUUGGAAGUGUGUACAUUUUGUGGUGAGAAGCGUUACACAUAUGAUGCAUAUCAGGAUUGUCGGUCAAAAAGACAGAAACGAACUGCUAUUUCAGUAUUACGUUAUCUACCUUUGACACCGAGGCUGCAAAGAUUAUAUGCAUCACGCCAAACUGCUGAGUCCAUGAUAUGGCAUUCUACUCAUGAAUCAAUUGGAAAUUUGAUGGGUCAUCCUUCUGAUAGUGAGGCGUGGAAACACAUUGACAAUUUAUAUCCCGACUUUGCGAAUUCUCUUGACAUUGUAGGGUUGUUAUCACUUCUUCUGUUUUUCUAUCUUCUUGGGUUUGGAGCAUGGAUAAAUCUUGUAUCGCCCACUGUAAGCACUUGAUUGAUUUGAACAGAUGGAUGAUACGUUUUUUGAGAUUCCAAGUGUAUAUUAGUAACGAUUUUGGGAAAACAGAACUUUUCCCAAAAUUUCAAAAUUCAAAAUAAUAAUUUAG